CACAGCUGAUCACAUGGAAAUAGGGAAAUGCCGGUUAUCGGCAUUUCUCUCCUCACGAGCUGUCAUGCUGACAGCUCGAGAGGAGUGGAACCGGGCACUGAUGAUCAGUGUGCCCUGAUGAUCUGUGCAGCCCCAGCAGUGCCAGCUGUCAGUGUCCAUCAGUGCCAGCUGUCAGUGCUCAUCAAUGCCACUUGCCAGUAUCCAUCAGUGCCACAUCAAUGCCAUAUAUCAGUGCCCAUCUGAGCUGCCUUUCAGUGUUACCUAUCAGUGCCAGUCAGUGCUGCCAACCAGUGCCAGUCAGUGCCGCCUAUCAGUGCGCAUUGGUGCGGCCUAUCAGUG